AUGGAGCCAUCUGCUGAGGAAACCAAAAAGAUUUCCCUUCACAAUCUAGUCAUUUCUGAUGAAGAUUCAGAGGAUGAUGGAGCUUGCUCAGAAUCAUCCAAAUCAGUUGCAGCAUCAGAAGAGGAGGAGGAGGAGGAAAAGCAAGAGUCUUUAAUAAUCUUUUCUGGUUCUAACUCAAAAGUAACUGGAAGUAAAACAUGGAAGCCAGCAGCUGAACUUGUUGAGAAAAAGUCUCAAGGGGACAUUUUGGAUACUCUCCAUGAUCAAGACUUUGCCCAUUGGAUACCUUUGGUUCCGGAAACUGAUUUAUUAAGACAAUCCUCUCAGAGAAAUUCUCUCCAGAAAGAAGCUUUACAGUGGAUUGAACAAGAAAUUCUUUCUCAAAUUCUUUCCCAUCAUUCCUGCCAACCCCCAUUACCUUCUUCAGAUUUUGUUUGUGAAGAAAAUGAUGCUCCCCAAAAUAAUACCCCAAAUUUUGAGAAUGAUGCUAUUGUUCCAAGUGGUUUGAAAGCCUCUACCAAUUCUUCCCCUUUUGUUGAUAAGGCUUUGAUUUCACAGCUUGUAGAAGAGCUUCUUGUGGAUAAAGUAAAUGCCAUGAUAAAAGAAGCCUUAGGUGAGAACAUUCAUCAUUCAGUGUUAGCCAAUCCAGUCAGCCCACAAAAUGAAUCGGUAUCAACACCAGAGAAGCUGGUUCCAUCACCCCAAACCCCAGAAUUGACACCCAAUGAGAGUGAAGAUUUAUCAGCUUCACUGGAAUCUGAUGUACCCCUUCCUCAAACUCCAUCUGCAUCUCCUGAGCCAGUGCUGGAAGACAAUUCACCUAUUGUUGAAGCCUCACUUCCAAAUGUUCAGAGAAGUCUGUUGCAUGCUGCCCUUAAGCAAGAAAUAGAUAAACUAAAAGAGGAAGAAAGUUUUAAAGUGACCCACACAGAAGAAGCAGCUGCUAGGCUCGAGACUGUGGUUACCCCACAGCAGACUCCAAGUUUAACACCAGUGCCGGACGGUUCCCCUAUAACACCAGUCAGCUCCCCAGUUUUUCAACCUGAACUCUUAAAUGAAAAUAGUGAACAGCAAUGGCCAGUCAGAACACCAUCUCCUUCAACAUACAGUCGGGACAGUAGUGAAGUAGCUGGAGAUAACAGACAAAAAGAUGAGCUACAAUUAACUGGAAGCCAUGACAUCAUUCCUCCAAUCAAAGAAGCAACUCAAGAUAACACGUCCCUAAAAGAUGUUGAGAUAGCUACAGUUAAAACCAACCACAGUAUGGAAAAUUUAGAAAGUACAUCUGAAGGAAGUAGCAGUGUGCCAACAACAUCAAGUGAAAGCGAGACAAUUUUUGAGAGCCUUUCUGUUGGUCAGUGGCUCCUGAGUAAGAGCGAGGGUCAAGCUGCUGACUUUGGCAUCAGUGAAAAAGCCUAUCAGCAAAUUUUGAAUGAUGCCAGCUCUGCCAGCACUUUAAGAGACACUGAAGAUCUUUUCCAAGAUGAAACCACUGAGAUUACCUACAGUGAGGGGGAAGUUGUGUACAACAGUCGAGUGCCGCCAGAGAAAGAUCCCAUAUUGGAACUUGUAUCUCAGAUUCGGAAUAGAAAUCCUCUUACUCUACCCACUGCUAUUUUAUUGCAGUCAAAUAAUGAUCAAAAUUCUGCCAUUGACAGGAGUUUUGGAGAGUUACCCAUGACAGAAUCAGAACUUGAUCUUGCCAGAAAUCCAUCUAAAGUAUCUACAACUGAUACUUCUUUGAAACCAGAAGGGAAAUCUUUAAAGUCAAAACAAUCAGGACUGGCACAAGUUGUUGCCUCUUAUUCUGACCUAGAAGAAGAGAAUCUUUCAGAAAAGGAUAUUUGCCUUCCUCAAAAAGGCACAAGAAUCAUUGAAGUUGGCAGACGAAUGGCUGAGUCCUCAGCAAUGGAACCUGUAUCUUCCAAAGCUGAUCUGAUCAAGUGGAAAGGCAUUCCAUCUCGGAUAGAAGUGGGUUCCAUUUCUGACAGUGAUCAGAUUAACUUUGUACAAAAGUCUGUCCGCUUUAGUGAAGACAGCCACUUAACAUCUGCAGACGAUGCAGUCUACUUAGAGAGCAGCUCUGAUCUGGAGAAACUUAGUACCCGUUCGUCACAUGAAUCAGUACCAUUUCAUGGAGCCAUUUUCCAAGAGGAACCUGAGCAGCGUCGACAAAUGUCUGUGAUGAUACCACAGCCAGAUAACAUUGUGGAUGAAGAAGAUGUUGAAGAAAUUUCUUUUGGUGAAGAAAAAUGA